AGCUGGGUUGCUUUUUUCCCUGUUAACUGCUGUGUCUGGCGAUCAUAUUGUAUAUGACACACACAUCCCCCUCUUUAAAGGAAGAAUGUUUAUAGUAAGUAGCAAGAGCUGGACCGGGCUCACAGCUGGCUGUGCGGUGCUGUGCCCCCAGUGCCGGCGCUUGGCUAUUUUGUUACUUGUAGAUCAUGGUCUAAUUAUUUCCCAUUAAAGGGACACUAAUUCCGUAGGGUGUGUAAUCGUAUUUAUAGUACAUUUUAUUACUUUGCAUUCCCUCGUGGUAGUGUGGUGAUAUCAUAACAGAAACAUAACAUUUGAAGCCUGAGAAGGUUCGCCCUGCAGCCAAGCUGCAUUUCCCUUGUUCUUUGGUGUGGUGGGGAGGUGGAGGACAUACCUUUUGCCUGCUUGUGCCUGAUGCAGAGUCCCUGGCAUCAGCGAGAGAGAGAGAGACCUGGUGCUCUUGGUAGCUGGGAAAGACACCCAUUGCCCUGGGAGUGUGAUGGGUCAGAUUUACAGCGGCAUGGCUGUGAGUGUGUUUUCUGCCUCCUCAGUCAGCUGCCCGAGCUCCCUGCUGGGCCGCCCCUUUCUGACAGAACAGCGGCAGCUGGGAAGGUGCUGUUUCAGGCUCUGGCUGUUCAGAGGGGGGUGAACCAGCGAGAGAGGGGAAACUUCCCUAAGUCCAGAAGCUGGCAUUGGAGGGGGAGCAGGCGGUCAUGUGUCUCUGGCCAUCCUACCCUCUGUCACAGAGUAGAUGAGAGCUUUUUGCUCUUAUCCAAUCAUGCCUGGAAUGCUGCUUGCCACUUGGGCUAUUUCUGCUAUCUGUCGCUCUUGGUGCCGCAGUGCUAACGCUUUGGCAGAUGGGACACUUUUUCUUGGAGUUGGUGUCUUUGGGUUUUGACUUCUGGCAUUGCUGGGCGGUUUGUUGCUCGCCCUCUCCCUCCUGGCCCCCCUGGUCACCAUGGCCCAUCGGCUUCGGUUUCAUUUUGGCUCUGGCCGCAGCAAUACGGCCCCUGAGUCCGAGAUCCUAGACCAGGAGAGAGAAGAGGACUUUUUCAUGGCAUUCCACACGCUGCCACGGAGAAGCAGCCCGCACCCCUUCACCCAGAACACAGGGGGAGACAGCGGCCUGCAGGAGGGCGUGGGUGCUCUCAAGCGCAGCUCAUCCAUGUUCAUACCGCAGCUCCUGGCCGGGGUAGACACCAGGCCCACCCGAAGCUCCUCGGUGCAGAUCUCCCUGCAGCGCAAGGCCGCAGACGGUGCCACAGACAGCUGCGGGCCACCCGAGGGCCCUGACGACAGGCCCCCGAGUGCCCAGGCUGACCUCGGAGACCAGGCCGCAGCCACAAGGGUCUCCACGCAGAUCAGCUCAUCGGAGCCCUCUCCAGUGGACACUCCUGGAAGCUCCCCUCCAAGGGCGGCCUGGGACCCGGGGACCCUGAUCAACGGCACUUGUGAGCACCGUGGUCAGUGUCUCCGCCUGGCUGAGGACACAGAGGAGGCCACCCCAGGCCUGCGCAUCCAGCACAGGGCCUCCAGUGCCGACGUGCGCCAGGUGCGGCUGCUGCCCUUCGGCCCGGAUGGCCAGGCAGAACCCAGACGCUGGUCCCUCCAGCAUGUUCCGGACGCUUCUGGAAACUCCGGGAAGCGCUGUUUUGUCUUUCAGCUGCAACAGCCCCAGCAAGGUGCCCUGGGGCUGGGCGGUGACUUCAACUUUGGCUUCACGGGCACUAAGGGGGACAGGUUGGUAAGGUAUCCACGCAUUCGGCUGGAGAGGAGCACAUCGUACCCCACCCAACCCCGAGCAGGCCGGGUGAGUCCCACCGAAGAUCGAGGGACCCCAGAGGCAUCGCCUCGGGCCAGUAGGAUGGCCCCCGAGAUCCGCAGGACAAAUUCAGAGAGGUCCCCGCAGAGUCCAGGGUGCAUGUUCAAGAUCAGGCAGGAUCAAAAUGCAGGGCAGCAGCAUUUCCGAAUUCUUGUGACUCGGGGCCCUGAAGAAGCUCCCCAGAACCAAGAGGAGACUCCCAAGAGCCCUGGACACCCUGGAGCUGGUGCUCCGACACGAGACGACUUCCUGGGUCAGGUGGACGUGCCUCUUAGUCACCUCCCGACAGAAGAUCCAACCAUGGAGAGACCCUAUACAUUUAAGGACUUCCUCCUUCGACCAAGAAGCCAUAAAUCGCGAGUCAAGGGUUUUUUGCGGUUGAAAAUGGCCUACAUGCCAAAAAACGGGGGUCAGGAUGAAGAGAACAGCGAGCAGAGAGACGACAUGGAGCACGGAUGGGAAGUUGUCGACUCCAACGACUCAGCUUCCCAGCACCAGGAGGAGCUCCCUCCGCCUCCGCUGCCACCAGGAUGGGAAGAGAAAGUGGACAAUUUAGGCCGCACUUACUAUGUCAAUCACAACAACAGGAGUACGCAGUGGCACCGGCCCAGCUUGAUGGAUGUGUCCUCUGAGUCAGACAAUAACAUCAGACAGAUCAACCAGGAGGCCGCCCACCGGCGCUUCCGCUCUCGCAGGCACAUCAGUGAAGAUUUGGAGCCCGAGGCCUCGGAAGCCGGUGGAGAGGGUCCUGAGCCUUGGGAGACCAUUUCAGAGGAAAUGAACAUGGCGGGAGAUUCCCUCAGCCUGGCUCUGCCCCCACCGCCUGCCUCGCCAGGGUCUCGGACCAGCCCCCAAGAGCUGUCGGAGGAGCUGAGCAGAAGGUUACAGAUCACUCCGGACUCCAAUGGGGAACAGUUCAGUUCUCUGAUCCAGAGAGAGCCCUCGUCGAGACUUCGGUCCUGCAGCGUCACCGACACAGUUGCUGAGCAGGCUCACCUACCCCCGCCCAGCACCCCGACUAGGCGAGCGCGUUCGUCCACUGUCACGGGUGGUGAGGAAUCCACGCCAUCAGUGGCCUAUGUACAUACCACGCCGGGCCUCCCUUCAGGCUGGGAAGAAAGAAAGGAUGCUAAGGGACGUACAUACUAUGUCAAUCAUAACAAUCGAACCACAACGUGGACUCGACCAAUAAUGCAGCUUGCAGAAGAUGGUGCCUCCGGAUCAGCCACAAACAGUAACAACCACCUAGUCGAGCCUCAGAUCCGCCGGCCCCGUAGCCUCAGCUCGCCGACAGUAACUUUAUCUGCCCCGCUGGAGGGUGCCAAGGACUCCCCCAUACGCCGCGCUGUGAAAGAUACCCUUUCCAACCCACAGUCCCCUCAGCCGUCACCCUACAACUCCCCCAAACCACAGCACAAAGUCACACAGAGCUUCCUGCCGCCAGGCUGGGAGAUGAGGAUAGCUCCAAACGGCCGGCCCUUCUUCAUUGACCAUAACACAAAGACUACAACGUGGGAAGAUCCACGGUUGAAAUUUCCAGUACAUAUGCGGUCAAAAGCAUCCUUAAACCCCAAUGACCUGGGCCCUCUUCCUCCUGGUUGGGAAGAAAGGAUCCACCUGGAUGGCCGAACAUUUUACAUUGACCAUAGCAGCCAGGUGUUAUGUGGAGAGAAUGAUACCAGAGACUCAGUGCCCUCAUACGAUAGCAAAAUUACUCAGUGGGAAGAUCCAAGACUACAGAACCCAGCCAUCACUGGUCCGGCUGUUCCUUACUCCAGAGAAUUUAAGCAGAAAUAUGACUACUUUAGGAAGAAAUUAAAGAAACCUGCUGAUAUUCCAAACAGGUUUGAAAUGAAACUUCACCGAAACAACAUAUUUGAAGAGUCCUAUCGGAGGAUCAUGUCUGUGAAAAGACCCGAUGUCCUGAAGGCUAGACUCUGGAUUGAGUUUGAAUCAGAGAAAGGCCUGGACUAUGGGGGCGUGGCCAGGGAGUGGUUCUUCUUACUGUCCAAAGAAAUGUUCAACCCCUACUACGGCCUCUUUGAGUACUCUGCCACGGACAACUACACGCUUCAGAUCAAUCCCAACUCAGGCCUCUGUAAUGAAGACCACUUGUCCUAUUUCACGUUCAUUGGAAGAGUGGCUGGCUUGGCGGUGUUUCAUGGGAAACUCUUAGAUGGAUUCUUCAUCCGACCGUUCUACAAGAUGAUGUUGGGGAAGCAGAUAACUCUGAACGACAUGGAGUCUGUGGACAGCGAGUACUACAACUCUUUGAAGUGGAUCUUAGAAAAUGACCCCACGGAACUUGACCUCAUGUUCUGCAUAGAUGAAGAGAACUUUGGGCAGACCUAUCAAGUGGACCUGAAGCCCAAUGGGUCAGAAAUAAUGGUAACGAAUGAAAACAAAAGAGAAUAUAUUGACUUAGUCAUCCAGUGGAGAUUUGUGAACAGGGUCCAGAAGCAAAUGAACGCCUUCUUGGAGGGAUUUACAGAACUUCUUCCAAUCGAUUUGAUUAAAAUUUUCGAUGAAAAUGAGCUGGAGUUGCUGAUGUGUGGCCUUGGUGAUGUCGACGUGAAUGACUGGAGACAGCAUUCUAUUUACAAGAAUGGCUACUGCCCCAAUCAUCCUGUCAUCCAGUGGUUCUGGAAGGCUGUGCUCCUGAUGGACGCUGAGAAGCGGAUCCGGCUCCUACAGUUUGUCACAGGCACCUCCCGAGUACCCAUGAAUGGAUUUGCCGAACUUUAUGGUUCCAAUGGUCCUCAGCUGUUUACAAUAGAGCAAUGGGGUAGUCCUGAGAAACUGCCCAGAGCUCACACAUGCUUUAAUCGCCUUGAUUUACCUCCAUACGAAACCUUUGAAGACUUGCGGGAGAAACUUCUCAUGGCUGUGGAGAACGCUCAAGGCUUUGAAGGGGUGGAUUAAGGCCUCCGGCACCGGGGGCGCUGCCCUUUUCCAGCAAGUUCUGCGUGCACUUUUUGCAUUUGCCUAGCAGACUUUUGCAGAGCCGGUGGCAGAAGCAGUUGCCUGGCCUGGCUCUGGAGCCCAGCUUGUCCAGGCCCGUGCCCAAGUUCCGCCAGGGCACGCAGCCCCAGCUCAAGUAACCCCCCCUGUCACCGCCGAUUUCUCAACUGGUUGACGUGGACACUGAUUACAUUUCAGGAGGACUUGGUUCUAUUUAUGUUGUGCCUCUGCAGGCAAAGCCCUUAAUAAAUAUUUUGCAUACUUUCUAAGGACAAUGAAUGGAAUUAAUCACGCUCCAGGUAUAGUAUUACAACUCAUGUUUACUUUUUAAAAUGAUUUAGACUGAUUUUCAGAUUUUAUUUCAUUACAAUUAAAGAUGUCUCAUGUACUUGGAAAAGUGAGCAUAUUUCUUUUUUGUAUUUGAAUUUCAUAUCAAGCUUAAUGUCAGUGACAUUUUUAUUUUUGAAGUACUUUGACACUGUCACUCUCUACUUUGUUAGCAUUGGAAAACUAAUUUUCGCCAGAAGCCUUCUACACAGACCAAUGCUUGGAAAGAAUUUCAAAUAGGACCUUAAGCAUAACAAUUUUUUUCCACGCUCAGAAUGAAAAUAAACUGGAUAUCACCCUUUUUUUUUUUUUGUACAAAUUUAGAUACCAGGUACAGACUGGAAGAAUUGUAACAUAGCAUGAUAUCUUUGUGUUAACUUGAAAGGGAUGACACCGCUGUCCCUUAGAAAUGUCGCCGUGUGCCAUCACACAUUGAAGACAGGGUUGGACUGUCAUUUCGCAUCGGAGGCCCUUCAUCUUUCCCGUGGCCGCACAGCCUCUCCUGACGCUGUUUUUCCGCUUUGGUGUUUCUAGAGACGUUUCCAGUGCCAUUGCUUGAUUCAAAGCUGAGGAAGCCAGAGUCCGUGGUCUCCUGUCUCCUUUGGCUAAACAGUAGCUAAUAACCGAUUCUUGCUGUAACUCCGGCAAUCCCAAAGGCACUUUAUGCAGGUCUUAUCUGGUUGUUGGUUUGUUUGGUUUUUUUUUUUCCCUCAUUACCCAUGUGAUUGUUUCUUUCUCCCUGCACACGUCCGUCUGGUGCAGUAUCUUAUCAAUUGUGGGAAUUAGGCUGCUCCGCGAACCCAGUGGUGAUGCUCAGCCUCCACACGGAUCUUCUCCAGCCAUUUGUAAUUUCUACUCGACCACAAGGAUUUACUUACUCUACACUUAGCCAAGUUGUGUGGCAUCAUGACCUAUUUUGCAUGCUUCGAUACUGUGUACUGCCUCCCCCCCCCAGGUCACGUCUAUUGUGUGCUAGUUUAAAAGUGAGUUAGAAGACCCAGUGGGAUCCACCGAGCUCGAGCUGCCUGGUUGGCAAGGGUGGACGCAUGUGGGUGUCUGCAGUUUGUAAGUCUCUGUUGCAGAAUUCCGUUGUGUUCUGAGAAGAUGCCUGAGGCAGUGUGGGAGUUGAGCACCCCUGCUGUCCCUGUGACUUGUGUUGUCCUGGACACCCCCCCCCCAUCCUGGAAGUUAGGGGACAUGGGGUGUUUUGAUCUCUUGCCAAUUGUGAAAUAACAAAAAGACUGUGGUCUCUGCUAUGUAAGGAAGGACCUUUGGUAUAAGAAAUGGCUCGUGUUUACGCAGCUGUGGGUGCCAUGAAGGAGCCAUGGGCAUCCUUGGUGGGUGAAGCCCCAGAGGGUCGAAUCCCACCAGGCCGGGCUUUGGCUUCUUUCCAUAUGCUAUUGAGUAAUUACAAAAACAGUUAAUACUCUAUUCUAUCCUUGCCUUCUGGUGAGAUUUUUUUUUUCUCCCGUAGUUAACAGAUAUUGGGGGCUGGGGUGGGGAUGUCUUUUUUUUAUAACCUGCCAUGUCCAGAACCAUCUCUCCGUUAUAAAGUGUGCCAAAGCCUGAGCUGAGCAGUGUAUUUUGAUUGAAGAAGAAACCAAAAUCUGUUCUAAUAACUGGGGUUCUGUAAUUCUGUAGGCUCUAGAUGGAACCACGUUAUUCACUAAGUACAAAGUAGUCAAGUCCUUAAAAAAUGCAAAAAGGGCUAGCAAGAUGGCUCAGUGAGUCGGGGUGCUUGUCCCCAAGCCUGACAGGAACCUGAGUUCAAUCCCUGGGACCCACCUGAUGGAAGGAGAGAACUGAUGUCUGCAAGUUGCCCUUUGACCUGACCCAGACAUGAUUUUUUUUAAUUAAAAAUAUGAAGGGGGAAAAAAAAAGACUUAAUUCUGAUCCUUGCUAAGCCAAGAGCAGGAAAGGCCUAUUGAAAUACACUCCUGAGAGUACUUGAAAGGCCAGCCAUUGUAACACCAGUUCAUUGGUCUGUAGUUCAGAUUUUAACAGUUGUUACUGAACUGGAGCAUUGGCCUAUUAGAAAGUAAAAAUAUGGUUCCCUGUUCAUCCGGUUUGUGAAGUGUCACUUGUUACCUGAAAUGCCUGGUGUCUUGUCCCCAGAUCUCGAUGCCCAGGCCUGGUCAUCUUUGUACAAUAAUUGUAAAUGGCAAUGGAGAGUGUGCCGUCCCUGGGGGACAGGAGGCGGGUCCUUCUUUGGGCCCCAAUGCUGCAGCCAAUAGUUGUGGAUCAUUCACCUUGAGGCUGCAGAGGGGGUUCCAGGAUUCUGCUUCCCUGUGGAAGGACUUUGAGCAUCAGGUGGCUGUCUUGUGUUUCUCUCCCAGUUCCUUUUAGUCUGUGGUAAAGCCUGGAUUUGCCUGCUGACUCCAGAACAGGUGGUAGGCGUUGGUCUAUCCUCGGUGUCUUCAGUGUGCUAUCCUUGUCUGUCUGUAAUACCAGUCUCUACUUUUCUGUGGCCGGUCCUCUGGCAGAUCACAAGAACCAGAGAUGUGUACUUUAUUCUUGUUUCCAGGGCCGAUGGAGCUUAGUGGCAGAGUGUUUGCCUAGCAUGUACUUAGCUGUAGAUUUGAUCCCCAUUGCAGGGGGUGGGGAGAGUGUGAAUAAGAUAAAGAAUUCUGUUUCUGAGGACCUUAAGCAGGAGACAGCAGAGAAUCCUGACAUUCAGGGCUAAAAUGAUAUAAAGCGACUUGACAUGCAUCUUUUCCCCCAUAAAGGCUCAGCGGCAGACUCAUGGAAGUAGGUUGCAAAAUAAUGUAAUCACUUGUGCAUCUCAGAUGACCUGUUGCUCUUGGUCUCACCAGAUUCCAGUUUGUUCUGAGAGCCAGGCUCGAAUACAGCAGCUUCUAAUGUGUUCUCUAUUUUCCUGAGAGUCUCGCAUCUCACCUCUGAAAUUUGGAAGUCUACAAAGAAAGCCUGGGUUCAUCAGCUGCCCGGCUCAUCCCCCCUGGAUUAUCUAUUUUCCUGUCUGCGGCUCUCUACUCAUCUCAGUAACAAAAGGGAGAUGCUAUCUGUUGUCAUUCACUUCCUGGCCAGUAGGGGUGCUACAGUGCAGGGUCACUGCCUGCCUUUCUCCCUGUCUGGCUCCCAGAAGACCACAUGCUACCUCUGUUUCAUUCAUGCAUUGGGGUAUAUCCUAAGUCAUGUCAAAACUGCCAAUUUCAGGACUAGGAUAUGUUUAAAAAAAAAAACCUCCACUUUGUACCUUAGAUUUUAAAACUGGGUAGAAAUGUGAUAUACAUUGGACCACUUUUUUAAUUUCUAUAAGCCUUAAUGAACAGUGUAUAUACAUCUGUGUAUGCACUCCAUCCCAGAGUGUUUUCAGUGUGUCAGAGAACAAGCUGUAGCGUUAGGACAUGAGCCUGUCUAGGGUUCUCUAGGAAAAGGGGUAGCUUUCUGUUUGGUAGGAAAUUUUCCGAGAAAACUUCUCAUUCGGCAUCUGUCUUUUAUUUGAGAUGUUAACGCUCCAAGUACGUGACUGAAGCAACAUGUCUCUUCACUGGUUUUGUAUUUGUAAGGAGCGGCAGUAGAAAUCUAAGGGCAUCUGUUGGAGCGUGACCUCUGAUCGCCUGCGUUCCCUCUACUGUGUCUCGGGGUAUUGACAGCCUUUGCUGUGACCAUGGCCUGUGUUGACAGAUGUCUGUUCUUGUGUAAGCCAGUCUACACCUCAUACUCAGACUGAUUUUUGCGUACCUUGUCACAGUGUUCUUCGUGUUGACUCUGUGACCGUGUUCUUCCUUUGGCUACCCCAGAUGUAACAUAUAUACAUAUAUAUGUAUGUAUGCUGUCCAAAUAUAUUUGUAUAUAUUUGUAUAGCAUUUUUACACCUUAGGAGUAAUCUGGAUUCAAAAGGGAAUGAGAACUUAGUCCCGUCUACGGUUUUUCUCAAAGUCAUGUCCUGAGAAUUCUGACUCUCAGCGCCUGAGAACCCUAGAAAGGUAUUAGCUUGCUGUCAUUUCUUAAUUCGGGAUCUGUUAUCAAAUGAAAACAUUUUUUAAAAAGUGGCUUUGAAGGUAAAAAGAGUUUCAAGCAUUCCAAAUGAGUUCUCAAUGUUUCUUAACUUUUUAUUCUAACCCUACCCCUAACAAAGCUGAGUGCUAUUUGAUACAAUGGUCAAAACCAAACUACCUUGACGUUUUUCUAAGACGGCUUAACGGCUGAUACUCGCUUUCCCAGUCAGGGAAGCUCGAACCUAGCUUGAAUCUGGUACACACGCCAAGUUUCACAGUCAAAUCCUUUUCUUUCUUCUUGAGAGAUCUAAAGAGAUACUGUAGCUUGUUUUCCUGACAGCAAAUGGGAAAAAAAAAAUGUGACAAAGUGAAGUUGUUGUAAAACGGUGAUGCAACUUGUCAAAUAUUUAAUAAAGAAUUAUGAAAGCUGGAACAUUUCCUACAUAA